AUGAUUCAUUCUAGAAAGGAAACACCAACUUUAAUUACAACCACUUCUCAAUCGAUUACCACCACCACCACUACUGAACCUCCUACUACCACUGAACUUUCUACUACAUCUACGGAAUCUAUUACAUCUACUACUGAGCCUCCUGUAACAAUAAUUACUACAACUACUGAACUUAAGAUGACAACCACUACCGAGCCUACAACAACAACGAAACCUAUUACAACUACUGAAUCUCCUACGACAACAACUGAACCCCCUACAAGUAGUAGUGUUCCUACAACAACAACAACUGAAUUUCCCACAACUACUGAGGCUUCUACGACAACAUCAGAACCUUCAACAAGUACUAAGCCUCCUAUGACAACACCAGAACCUCCAACAACCACUGAGCCUCCUACUGCAACUACCGAACAUCAUACGACCACCACUACAGAGCCUCCUACGACCACCACUACAGAACCUCCUACAACUACUACUGAGUCUUUUACCACAAUCACUAGUAUUGAGCCUCUUACGACGACAACAACUGAAUCUUCUAUAACAACAACGACUACUAUUGAGCCUCCCAUUAAUACAACUACAGAAUUAACUACAACUACAACUACUACAGAACCACCCACAAUUCUAACUACUACCGAAACGUCUACAACAACAACUACCGAAAUUCCUACAAGCACUACUUCAAAACCUUCAACAAGCACAACUGAAUUUGCAACUACUACCACUUCGACAGAAAUUCCGACUAGUUCAACCACUCAAAAGCCUACCACAACUACAGAGGCACAUACUACAACAAGCACUGUGCCACCCACAACUACCACUGAACCUCCAACAACAACAACAACUCCUGUUCCUACAACCACCUCGGUACCCACAACUACAACCGAAGAAGAAGGCACUUUGGGUCCAUGCGAUUACGAAUACACUCCUUACUCAGAAAUGGACGUGUGUGCCGCUGUAAAGGACAAAUGUGAACUGGCUCUACCCAGAACUUUUGAUGAAAAUCAGCAUAUCAUUCACGCCAUUAUAGAUGGACCAACACCUAUUGCUGGGUGUUACUGGUUCGGAUUCGAAACUGUGGACCUUCAUAAUGAUCGUUUUAAACUUGGAGAAACUGGUAAAGAACUGGCAGGUACAGAUUUACUUUUUCCAGAAGAUUUUAAAUACGUAAAAUCGGGGUGUGUGGCUAUUGGUACUAGCCCUUUUGUUUGGGAUAUUCCACCGGCAUCAGUAACGUGUGGUCGUGUUUGUCAGAAAUAUAUUGGUAAUUGA